CUCACAACACAUACAAGCCUCCAUUGGUGACAUGACAUAGUAGCCCCUUAUAAGCUGCACAAAAACAAGGCAUAUAUACUCACAUACAUCCACAAGUCUCAUUCAACAAAAGGAGUAGAUAAGGAACUCUUGUGAAGUCUAUACUUGUCUUAGCAUUGUUUUCGCUCUUGUUUCUUCAUCUGAAUCAAGUAAGAAGAGCAUGGAGGUGGAUUUCAAGUCUCCUUCCCUUGAAAAAACAGAAGCUGAGCCUCAAGUAGAAGAAAACAUGCGCUUUCACAAGUCUCUUCAGGAGCUAAGAGAAUCGCAGUCUCAGUUGCACCAUGCUGCAGAUUAUUGUGAAACAACUUUCUUGAAAAGUGAAGCUAAGAGAGAUGUGUUGGAAAAUACAAAAGAAUACAUAUGCAGGGCCAUGGUUACUGUUGUUGAUCAUCUUGGGAACGUCUCGGCUAAUCUUGAUGACCUUAUUUCUCAAACAAAUGCAUUUUCUGAGGCUGAGUCUAGAAUCCGGUGCCUCAAACAAAGACUUUUCUCAUGUGAACAAUAUGCUGAUAAGCUUGCGCUCACAAAAAUGAGAUGGAGGGAGAAACUGCCAAGACUCCAUACACGAUAUUUAUCAUCACCACCCAUCCUUGAGAGAUCAAGCAGCGAGAAAUUAAGAGAUUCUAAAACUGAAGAUACCUCAAAAUUAGAUGAUAAACACAUACUAGAAAAGCAUGAGGAUUUGCCACUCUUUUUGUACACCCAAAAGCCACAUGGAGAUAAGAAUUUGAAGCCAACCAGCUUUACUACAUUGAAGGAGCAUAAUUUGACCAUGGUGGUACCGAUUCCGGACGGUUUGUCAGUCUUAACAAAAGUUUCAAAUCCUACAUUUCAUUUCCAAGGUUCCCCGAAGGUUGCACGCCAUAGAAGAUCCUUGCAUGGCAGUGACAUCUUAUGGUUCAUACGGCGUACAAAAAGAAUCCAAUAAAAAACAAUGUUGCCUAUUGCUUCAUGUGCUAGUACUCAUGGUGGUGGUCUAUCAUUUUCAUGUGGCAGUUCAAUGUUAGUUGUUUGAUUCAGGAACCAAACAUUAUUUACAAAUAUUUAUAUUUUGAGGCACUUUGAAGUAGUUAUUUAUGUAAUUUUGGUAGGAAACGUCAUCAUGGUUAUAAUGAUUUAGAUUUAGCACAUGUGAAUGUUGAUACUCAUUGAACUUAAAACUUUUGAACUGAA